AUUCUACAGUUCUGUGAUGUCUGUCAAGUCUGUAAGGAUAACACCGCCUACAUCCCUAGUUGUUUUUACGGUGGAAUAAUAAUGAAAAGCUUUGUAUGAAAAUUAACCCCACCAUGUAAAUAUAAAACUUUCACAUUCUAAAGUACAACUGAUUUCUAAAUUCCCUUUUUCAGAUGAUAGCUUCACUUUACUUUAAAAAAAAGUUUCUAAUGAACUCUCAGUUCAUAGACACUGUUAAUAUAUUUCAUAAUCUGUAUACAUGCAAAUUGUAUAGGUCAAAAUAAUGCUUGUGUCUUCUCCUUAUUUUUUAUUCAACAAGCUGAUCUUUGGAAACUGCUCAGCACAUUACUACUAAAAUAUUAAAGUAUAAGAUGAAUAAAAAUCCAUAGUAAUUACAGAAAAGGUCCCAUAAAUACAUUUUGAACAUAAAACACGACAUUCCAGUGCUUACCUCUAGAAGUCUUCACUAAGAAUUCAGUGACCAAAACAGCAGAGAGGAAGUGAAAAGAGCACUGUUUUCAAUAGUUUGGUAAAUUAACAAAUCUGCUCUGAAAACAGAUGUUUUCAGAUGUGUGCAAAAGAUUAUAUUUAGUCAGAAAUCUAGAUUUCUGGGAAAACACUGCUUGCUUUUGCAAGUAAUUUAGUAAAUGUUUUACUAGGCCUGCAAAAGUCUUAUGGAGGGAGUCUGAUAAUAGUCCUUUAUUAUUCCACUGAAUUCUACAAAAGUUUAUUAAAUAAUUUGAUAACUAUAUUCAGCAUACAGUCUGCAUGCACUCAGCUUUGUAAUUAUUUCAGGUAUUCUCUUAAAGUAAGCCUUAGAAUGAUUCCCAGCAUCUAGCAUUUAACCUAUGCAGACUUUUACCUAUUGCUUUGAAUGCAACUGAAAAUUUGCUUUACUCUGAGUGAUGUUGAGUUCAGCAGAGCUCCUUAAAAUCCACAAAAUCUUAAAACUCUAUGCAAAUCACUGCAGGAACUUGAUGUUGAGAUAUUCUAUACAACAGAUCUGCACAUUCAUCCCAGAUACACUUUCUCAGGUGAUGAUCUCUCACUGAAUGUCUCAUCCGAGUAAAACAGUUUUAAAGAGAGCUUUUUAGAGGAAAGGGAGAGUAAAUCAGCAGGUUGAAUAACAUAUGAGGAGCAAUCUAUAAUAAUCUACCUUAUAAAGAGAGAAAAUACCUUGAAAGGGAGUUCCAGUGCUACUUCAUUUAUUUAUUUCAGUUGAAACACUAUUAAUGGAACAAGCUCUACAGCAGCUUCAAUAGUAUUUUGUUCAGGUUCGAUUCAUAAAUCAAUUUCUAUUUUGUAACUGCAGCCAUUCCACAGCAAAAGUUCAAUGUGAUUUCAUUUCUUGCCUUCUAAUUAAAGGUCUAUAAUGAAAAAUGUACGUAACCUGAGUGUUUGUUCAACUCCUCAUUAAUGAUGCUGAACUCAGAAUCGCUACUGUGACAUCUGGUACCACUGCCUGUAGUAACUGCUCUGUAUACACUGCUCUGUGCACUGCUUUUCAGUAAACAAUUGCUCUUUCAAGCCACAAAAAUGCACGCCUGCUCUCAAGGAGACAUGCUUUUUGCUGCAUCAUUACAGAAAAAUGUGCUGCCUGCGAUAUCAAAAGACCAAACACAUGCAAAUCCUAACACUUCAUCAGAAAAAAAAAAAUACAAACAACUGAAAACAUGUUUUCUCUUUAUAUAGCAAUAUGCUGACUGAGAAUUCCCACAGACCAGGGGCAUGGCAUCUAUCAGAGGAUUCCACAGACUCUCCAUUCAAAAUACUUCUCCCUGCAGCUCAAUCAAAACCACCUGAGACAUUUCUAAUGAAGACUCUCGCCAUAAAGCCCAGAAAAUCAGCACAUAAAUCCUUCUGUAAGAAUUAAAAACGACAUCCUUAUUUGAGGUUAAGUCAGCAUUCUUUUCUUGUCUUUCCUACUGAUAUUCCAAGAAAAACUCCCUCUGCAACAGCACUUCCUCUCUGCUCCAUCUCCCUGCGGUGAGAUCAUCAUCUAUUACUACAGAAAUCAACAUGAUGUUAAAAAUAAGCAUGGAAUGACCACACUGCACGAAGAAGGAGACAGACACUGUAAUGUUUCUCAAGUAGAACGUCCUAAAAUACUGAAGAAACCCCAGGAGGUUGCUUUAUGUCUACUGUAAUAGAUCUAAUUUGCCUGGACACUCCUUCUUCAUGUUCAUCCACUUGAGCUUAUUUUAGUGUAACAUUUGAACUCUGCCAAAGGCUCUUGGGAACAUUCCUGAGCGUUACUCCUAGGCUUGUCAACCCUGCAGUGCCUUUUUGUUAUCAAGUGUCUUCCAACACGAAAUACCAUCUCUGCCAGAGCUCAAACCAUCCCUGCGAUCACCCUGCCUUAGUGACAGAGGAGUUGGAAAGGCAGGGCUGUUUCAAGGCAGAUCCUCACUGGGGCUCCGAUGGAUAUUAGUCAAAUCCUGGUGAACAAACCGGGAUAUAUUUAACGGCAUGUUUAAUUUAAUAUUUGUUUUCUACAUCUUACAUCCCUAGGAUUCUUCGCUUCCUGCAUUUGUCGUACAACAGCGUGCAAGUCCAAUGGCGUUUGGGGCGGUGUGGGAUGAGGUGUGAUGCUUGUACGGGAUUCUUACCCUCAAACUGGCACCUCCCAACGUUCGAACCACUUAGAACCCAGAGAAGGAAGCACCGCGAACCUACCUGUCCCUGCCCCGCGGUGACCCAGCCGUAGGGGACACAGCCCGUCAGCAGGAGCUCAGCACACCGCGGCCGCAGGGAGCAAAGCAGCGCACAUUCCGCACAGCGGCACGGCCACAGCCCCAGCUCCCGCACCGCCCGCAGACGCAGCCCCUCCGCGCGCUCACCGCCCCACGGCCGCGCAUGCGCGGUGUGCGCGGAGACUGGAGGGCGGCCCGCGAGCGUCGCUUCGCUCCCGCCUCAUUGCCGGCCCGGCUCCUUCCUCCCCGCUUCUCUUCCUUCCUCCUCCUCGCCGUUUCCUGCCAGUCUCGCGCCGCGGCGGCGACCGCUCGGCGUUGAAGGGGAAAAGGCGGCAGUGUGAGGGCGGGGAGAGGAAGAGAGGAGGACGGCCCUCAUCCGCGCGGCCGCUCCCGCCCCGCUCCGGUUCUUGCGGUUCCUGGGGCGGGGAAGGGCGGAGGGGGCAGGGUGAGGAGAGAGCGCGGCUGCCCGGCCCAGGCCGACGGCUCGUCCUAGGGCGGCUUCGGCCUCCGUCCCUCCGCCGCCGGCACGGAGCUUGAGGCCGAACCGGGCGUUCCGGCCCGCAGAAUUAGAGAAUAAAAAUGGGGACUCCCGGAUCAGGACGGAAGAGAACUCCAGUGAAAGACAGAUUUUCUGCAGAAGAUGAAGCUCUGAGUAGCAUUGCCAGGGAGGCUGAAGCCAGACUUGCAGCAAAACGGGCGGCUCGAGCAGAAGCAAGAGAUAUACGUAUGAGAGAGCUGGAGAGGCAGCAAAAAGAGUUUUCUCAGCAUUCAUAUGAUACAAAAUGGGCUCAUAUCCAGAAAUGGAUGGAAGAUUCAGAGCGGGCCAGGUAUUCUCACCGGUCCAGUCGACAUUCAUAUUUGAGUCCUUUGGAUAGCAGUGGGUCUCACAGGAGCAGAACAAGUACCACCAGGAGGAGAGAUCUUGUGUAUGACAGUGCUAAGGAUAGACCUGCAAGAUAUUCGGUCCCUAGUCAUGCUUAUGGUGAAUCUCACAGUACAAGGAAGAAAACUGCUUAUUCCCGUAAAGAUUUAUUGAGUGGACUUUACCAUGAUCAAAGAAAUUAUAGCAGCCUUAGAUAUAGCAAACCGAUUCCUUCCUACUAUACUCGGUCGUCUUCUCUAUACAGUGAUCCAGUGGCAACAACUAGGAGUUACAGGGUGUCUCCUUCUGUAAACACUGGUUUGAUAAGAAGUAUCAGUUUGGCAUCUUUGAGUGGUGAUGGAUUACGUAGCUCAUGUAGUUCUUGCACUCCAUCUGAAUACAGUUGGUAUUCUUCAAGAGCAAGCUCAAUUCGAAGUAGCCCUGUGUCCUCUGAUUUUUCUGAUAAAAGUGAAACUGCUGCUGACUAUUUCAGUCGCUCCAACCGCAGGGGAAGCGUUGUUUCUGAUGCAGAUGAUGUCCAAGGUUUGAAUAGUCUGGAAGAAAAGAGUGAAAAAUCACACUCAGAAAUUUUUUCAAGGCCGUCGUCUCGCAAUUCAAUUCCUCUGAGUGGCAACUCAUCUAGGAGAGGAAGUGGAGAUACAAGCAGUUUAUUGGAUCCUGAUGCCUCCCUCAGUGAAUUACGGGAUAUCUAUGAUCUUAAGGACCAGAUACACGAUGUAGAGGGGAGAUACAUGCAGGGACUUAAAGAACUGAAGGAUUCGCUCUCUGAAGUUGAAGAGAAGUACAAGAAAGCUAUGGUUUCCAAUGCUCAACUAGACAAUGAGAAAAACAACUUGGUGUACCAAGUGGAUACUCUAAAGGAUGUCAUUGAGGAGAAAGAAGAGCAAAUAGCAGAGUACCAGAGGGAAAAUGAAGAGAAGUCAAAGGAAUUGGAAAGACAGAAACACACGUGCAGUGUUCUGCAGCACAAGCUGGAUGAACUUAAAGAGGGCCUGCGACAAAGAGAUGAAUUGAUAGAGGAGAAUCAACGCAUGCAGCAGCAUAUAGAUUCCAUAACCAAAGAGGUGUUUGAUCUCCAGGAGACAAUUAAUUGGAAAGAUAAAAAAAUAGGGGCCCUAGAAAGACAGAAAGAUUACUUUGACUGCAUUAAGAAUGAGCGAGAUGAGCUCAGAGAGGAGUUGGCUGACCUGAAGGAAACAAUGAAGAGAGGAGAGAAACAUGGGUUAGUGAUAAUCCCAGAUGGCACACCAAAUGGUGAUAUCAACCAUGAGUCUGCAGUUGGUGCAAUAACAGUUGUAUCGCAGGAAGCUGCUCAAGUCUUGGAAUCUGCAGGAGAAGGGCCGCUAGAUGUCCGGCUACGCAAGUUAGCUGGAGAAAAGGAAGAAUUGCUGUCCCAGGUUAGAAAACUGAAGAUGCAAUUGGAAGAAGAAAGGCAGAAAUACUCUAAAAGUGAUGGCAUGAAUCCAGAUAUAGUAGGCUUAGAGAAUGGUUCUGACUUGCAACUAAUUGAAAUGCAGAGAGAUGCCAACAGGCAAAUUAGUGAAUACAAGUUUAGACUUUCAAAAGCUGAACAAGACAUAACCACCUUGGAACAAAAUGUUGGACGGCUGGAGGGACAGGUUGCAAGGUAUAAAAAUGCAGCAGAAAAUGCAGAAAAGGUGGAAGAUGAACUCAAAGCUGAAAAGAGGAAGCUUCAGCGAGAGUUAAGAACAGCACUGGAUAAGAUAGAAGAGAUGGAGAUGACCAAUAGCCACUUAAUGAAACGGCUGGAGAAGAUGAAGGCAAACAGGACUGCGCUUCUAUCUCAACAGUGAAGUGGAAAUUGAAAGUACAAUGCACUGCUCCUUGAAUAACUAGCCCUAGCUCAUUUUUAAAUACAGACUUUCAUUGGCACACACUAUGUGAACACAGAGUUGUUCAGUGGUGUUUUAGUUUCAUAAUUAAAUGACGUACUUCUUUUUGUAACUUAUGAGAAAAUGAGAUGUAGUUUGAAUUCCCUUGUGAAUAGCAGCAAUUCUUCUGUAGCGUUUGAUUCUAGAGUCAGAGCUGGAGCACAAUGCUGUAUGUUCAACCUGGUGAUAGAAAACAUUUUCACAGCUGUGGAAUCAAGUUUACUCACGAUCUCUUCUGGCUGCUUUAAUGAUGCUUGAUGCUCAGAGACAACUGCAUGAAUUCAAGAAGACACUGUAUUAUAAACUUAACAUACGUUUGCUCAAGACAUCACACAGCACAAGUGCCUUUUAUCUGGUGCAAUUUAGACUUCAUUCUUGAAAUAACCGUUGAAAUCAGAUAACAUUUUAUUUUAAGAUACAUUUGGGGUGUUCACUGAACUUUAUACAUUUUGAAAAUGCAUUUUUGUAAAAUAUUUAAAUUUAUAAGAAAAUAAAUAGGGACUGUAUAUAAAAAUCUGCUUUUUUUUUUUUUUGCAUGGGCACAUGUGAGUUCUAGAUAAUUUUGUCAAAUACUGGCCCUUGAUGCUCUUAGUUUAAGAGUACAGAUUUUCAGGCUUUUGUUGUAUUCCGUCAGUUUGUCAUCUGCUGCUCAAGUGUGAACUGAAAUUUUAGGGUGGGAGGAAGGGUUGGGGAAUGUGGCUGAGGAGUUCAUUAAAUGGACACUUUACUGACCAAAAGCAGGUGCUUCGUGUUUUCUUUGAAAUGCUGAGGUUCCAACAGAAUAAAGUCUGCACAGAACAGUGAAUUUUGAUCUUCCUAUUCAUAAAAAGGGUUUUUUUACUUUUUAAUCUAAAGGUUUUGAAGUA